CUUUUCUUUUUCUCUGCGUUUUUUUUUUUAGUGGAGGGACUGUGCUUUAGCUUAUUUUGAGGUUUCAUGGAGCCCAAUCUCCUUGUAUAAAGGAACGCCAUUGAUUUGCUCUUACUUUUAUAUACCAAAUUCACCUACCUACAGCUUGAAACACACCCACUGUCAUUGCUAAACAUAACAUCAUCAUCAUCAUCAUGAGUUGUGUGGUGGCAUUUCUAUUACUGAUAAGUUGCUUAAUUGUUUGUUUGGCAAUUCCCCAUACCAACACAACUGAUGAAUUAGCACUCAUGUCCUUGAAAAAACACAUCACAUUUGAUCCUGGUAACAUCUUGGCAAAUAAUUGGUCCACCGCUACGUCUUUCUGCAGUUGGAUUGGAGUCGCUUGCAGUGCUGGCCACCAAAGAGUCACAAGCUUAAAUCUUUAUAGCAUGAGGCUUGAGGGCACCCUCCCUCCUCAGGUGGGAAAUCUCUCAUUUCUAGUCUCCAUAAACCUGAGCAACAACAGCUUCCAUGGUUACCUGCCCCGUGAGCUAACACACUUGCAUCGCUUGAAAGACAUGAAUUUGGCAUACAACAACUUUGCUGGAGACAUUCCUUCCAGCUGGUUUGCAAUGCUACCACAACUUCAACACUUGUUUCUCACCAAUAACUCUCUCGCAGGUUCCAUUCCAUCAUCUCUCUUUAACGUCACUGCACUGGAGACACUGAACCUGGAAGGCAAUUUCAUUGAAGGAAAUAUUUCGGAGGAAAUCAGGAAUCUUUCUAACCUGAAGAUUUUAGACCUGGGACACAACCACUUUUCUGGUGUCAUUUCUCCCAUACUUUUCAACAUGCCUUCUCUACGGUUAAUUAAUCUCCGAGCUAACAGUUUAUCUGGCAUUCUUCAAGUGGUUAUGAUCAUGAGUAACAUCCCUUCCACCCUGGAAGUGCUUAAUCUGGGUUACAACCAGUUACAUGGAAGAAUUCCAUCUAAUCUGCAUAAAUGCACAGAACUUCGUGUAUUAGACCUUGAAAGCAACAGAUUCACAGGAAGCAUUCCAAAAGAAAUCUGUACUCUUACAAAGCUCAAGGAGCUAUAUCUUGGUAAAAACAACUUGACCGGUCAAAUUCCUGGUGAGAUUGCGCGUCUUGUUAGCCUGGAAAAGUUGGGCUUAGAAGUCAACGGAUUAAAUGGAAACAUACCGCGGGAGAUUGGCAAUUGUACUUAUCUCAUGGAAAUACACGUGGAAAAUAACAAUUUAACAGGUGUAAUACCGAAUGAAAUGGGUAACUUGCAUACACUACAAGAACUGGACUUGGGCUUUAACAAUAUCACUGGCUCCAUUCCAUCUACUUUCUUCAACUUCUCAAUAUUGAGAAGAGUCAACAUGGCUUACAACUACCUUUCAGGCCAUCUUCCAUCAAACACAGGUCUCGGGCUUCCAAAUCUUGAGGAGCUCUACCUAGAGAAAAAUGAACUUAGUGGACCAAUCCCAGAUUCUAUCGGCAAUGCUUCAAAACUGAUAGUCUUAGACUUGUCCUACAAUUCAUUCUCAGGCAGAAUUCCUGAUUUGCUUGGAAAUUUAAGAAAUCUGCAGAAACUCAAUUUGGCAGAAAACAUUUUGACCAGCAAGUCUUUACGUUCAGAAUUAAGCUUUCUCUCGUCUUUGUCAAAUUGCAGGAGUUUAGCUUAUUUAAGGUUCAAUGGAAAUCCAUUGAGGGGUAGGCUUCCGGUUUCCAUUGGGAAUUUAUCUGCUUCUCUUGAAGAAUUGUAUGCUUUUGAUUGCAGAAUUAUAGGCAAUAUUCCCAGAGGAAUCGGCAACUUAAGCAAUUUGAUAGGCUUAAUCCUACAACAGAAUGAACUGACUGGAGCAAUUCCGAGCGAAAUUGGAAGACUAAAACAUCUGCAAGAUUUCUCUCUGGCAAGCAACAAAUUGCAAGGACAUAUUCCCAAUGAGAUAUGUCAUUUGGAGAGAUUGAGUUACUUGUAUCUCUUAGAAAAUGGGUUUUCUGGAUCACUGCCUGCAUGCCUGAGUAACAUUACAUCUCUUAGAGAACUCUAUUUAGGCUCCAAUAGAUUCACAUCAAUACCUACUACCUUUUGGAGCCUAAAGGAUUUGCUACAGAUAAACUUGUCUUUCAAUUCUCUAACUGGUACUCUCCCAUUAGAGAUUGGAAAUUUGAAGGUUGUGACAGUUAUCGAUUUCUCAAGCAAUCAACUGUCAGGUGAUAUCCCAACCAGCAUCGCAGACCUUCAAAAUCUAGCUCACUUCUCCUUAUCUGAUAAUAGAAUGCAGGGUCCUAUUCCUUCAUCAUUUGGUGACUUGGUAAGUUUAGAAUUCCUUGACCUAUCAAGAAACAGUCUCUCUGGAGCUAUCCCCAAGUCCUUGGAGAAACUUGUACAUCUUAAAACUUUCAACGUGUCGUUCAAUCGAUUGCAAGGAGAAAUUCUUGAUGGGGGACCAUUUGCAAACUUCUCCUUCCGAUCAUUUAUGGACAAUGAAGCCUUAUGUGGUCCGAUUAGAAUGCAAGUCCCGCCAUGCAAAAGCAUCAGUACUCAUCGACAAUCUAAGAGGCCUCGUGAAUUUGUAAUAAGAUACAUUGUACCAGCAAUUGCAUUCAUAAUUCUGGUACUUGCCCUCGCAGUUAUCAUCUUCAGAAGAAGCCAUAAAAGGAAACUGAGUACUCAAGAAGAUCCGUUACCUCCUGCAACAUGGAGAAAAAUUUCGUACCAUGAGCUUUAUAGAGCAACAGAAGGAUUUAACGAAACCAACUUGCUAGGCACUGGGAGUUGUGGAUCAGUAUACAAAGGGACUCUUUCAGAUGGAUUGUGCAUUGCAGUAAAGGUUUUCCAUUUGCAGCUUGAAGGGGAGCUCAUGAGAUUUGACUCUGAGUGUGAAGUGUUGCGCAUGCUUCGCCAUCGAAAUCUUGUCAAAAUCAUUAGCAGCUGUUGUAAUCUUGAUUUUAAAGCCUUAAUACUGGAGUUCAUACCUCAUGGGAGCCUUGAGAAAUGGUUGUACUCUCACAACUAUUAUCUUGAUAUCUUACAGAGGCUGAAUAUUAUGAUAGAUGUGGCAUCAGCAUUGGAAUAUCUUCAUCAUGGCUGUACUAGACCUGUAGUCCACUGUGACCUAAAGCCCAGUAAUGUCCUGAUAAAUGAAGACAUGGUUGCACACGUGAGUGAUUUUGGAAUUUCAAGACUUCUAGGAGAAGGGGAUGCUGUGACACAAACAUUGACUCUAGCCACUAUUGGUUAUAUGGCACCAGAGUAUGGAUUGGAAGGGAUUGUGUCUGUGAAAGGUGAUGUUUACAGCUAUGGUAUUUUCUUGAUGGAAACUUUUACAAGAAAGAAGCCCACAGAUGAUAUGUUUGGAGGAGAAAUGAGCUUGAAGAAUUGGGUCAAACAAUCCUUACCCAAAGCAAUCACUGAAGUUAUUGAUGCCAAUUUGCUGAUUGAGGAAGAACAUUUUGUAGCUAAAAAGGAUUGUAUAACAUCCAUUUUGAAUUUGGCCCUAGAAUGCUCUGCAGAUCUGCCAGGAGAGAGGAUAUGCAUGCGAGAUGUUCUUCCUGCUCUGGAGAAGAUCAAGUUAAAGUACAAGAAAGAUGUUGAGCGGUACUAUUCCAGCUAUGUUUGAUCUUUUCUUCUAUCAUGUUUUUAGAAGAUGUAAUCAUGCAACCCUCACAAGGAAUGUCCAGAAAGCAUGCAUUAAAGUGUCGAGGGAUUUGCAAGUUUUUUGUUACAAAUAAUAAUAACGAUACUGCAUGCUGUCUGAGUGGAUUGCCGAGAGCUUCUACCAUUCAGAAUCAGAUUUGUGAAAGGUUAAUAUUCAUAGCAUGGCAAUCACUGUAUGAUUCAAAUGAAUGAUAUCAAUGGAAAAAGUUUAUGAUUCGUUCUUUGCAAUAACAUGCACACAUCUUUUCCAGGUAAAAUCUCAGUCUUUGAUGAAGCCUUGCAGAUAUACUCUGCCUUGUCGCCUUGCAGAGAAAGGUGCUGUAUCAAAUUUAGAUACUGAUGCAGUAAAUAUAGGAUUUAUAGAAAAUCUAGGACGGGUCAAUACUAGAACAACGAACAUGGUUUCUCUAUCUGAAGAGGAAGUUGCAAUGGCGCCCCUCUGAUCUCCUUAAUACCUACAGACCCUUCUCUUGAGAAAAUCCUAGAGGUAUAUUCUCCUAUAAUACCUUAAAACUCUAAUGAUACAUUUGAGAGAUAUACUUUACCUUUCAGGAAGAGGAGUGGAGCUGUGGAGGCUCUGGUAUCACUUUUUCCAAUUAUGUAUCUGUAGAAAAUAUCUUUGAACCACUCUAAAAUUUUGCAUGAGCACUCUCUUUAUGUAGCAUACCCUUCAUUAUUUAUGAAGCUUUGAUUGUUCCUAAGUGGACUUGAGCUAUCCAAGAAGGAAAUGGAUGCUUUUUAGAAAAACAAAACUUGGACACUUGUGCCUCUACCAGCUGGGAAGAAGAUGGUAGGAUGAAAGUGGGUGGUUUUUUAAAAAAAAAUUAAACAUGGCGAGAAUUCAUUUGUCCCUUUUAGUGAACUUAGACUAGCUAGUACAUCAAUUCAAUAUGAAGAAUGCAUUUUUUCAUGGUGACCUCAGAGAAGAAGUGUCCAUGGAGGUCUCAUUGAGGUAUUAAGAAGAAAUCAAAUACUAGGUCUCAUUGUCACAUAUGGAGUUCCAGGUUAUGUUUUCCCUACUUUUCUCUUAAAUGAUGCAUAUUUGUAUUAUUAUAGUUUGUGACUCAAAAACAGAUAUCGGAGCGAAGCUAGCAAAACAUGUGAGGUGCAACAAUGAGCAUAAGGUGCAGGUAGAGCUAAAGACUUAUACUAGAGAAGACAACAUUAAGAAUGAAGAGAGUUCUAGUUUAGAAGUUCAGCGACAUGACAAUAUAGCUUCAAGCAGGCAUAGAACCACUAUCAGGUCACCCAUCAGGUGGUUGGAUUUUUUGAGAUGUUUAUGGUCUACUA